UAUCAAAGGUGCAAAGUCUUCAAAAGAGCGCACAGCAAUUUAUGAGCGUAUUUUUGAAUGAAGCGUUAAAAGUAAAUAAGUAAUAAUAUCGAAAAAAUAAUAACAUAUUCAACAAAAAUAUUUUUAAAUCUGAGGUUUUAUUGUUUGUUUUGGUAAAUGUUUGUUGGUUAACCAUGCCGGACUACCUUGACCAGCUUCUUACCGAUGAUUUAAACAAUCUGGAAGAAACAGAUUUCGAGACUUUGUGGAAUACUCAACAAACGAGCAUACCGCCGAUUACACAACCAACCUUCCUAAAUUUUUUGAACAAUAUGAACAAUAAUUAUCAAUCGACGAAACAUGUAAAAUACGAUCAGCCGUUAUUUCAUCCAGGCGCCGAAGAAAAAGAGAGUAUGCUCUUUACUGACGAUUCUAUUCACACUGAAAGCCCUGUAUAUAUCCCGAAUAUAGAGAGCAACAUAAGGGAUUUAAAAACAGAUAUCGAGAAUAUACCUCAAGAGACGAUCACAACAUGGUCACCAUGGAACCAAAUAGUAAAAAAUACUGGUACUGCAAGUAAGAACUCCGUGUUUAAUCCUGACUUGAAAGAGGAGAAACAAUUAUUUCAAAAGCUCAAAUCUACAAUUGACCAUACUCUACUACACAACACAGAGAGUACUAAGCCAUUAACAGAAAACCAUUUUCAACAAACAGUUCAAAAUGUAUCAGCACAAAGCACGAACAUCAUUGAACAUACUUUGUCUAAUACUCUUGCUACAGAUAGAAAUGCAACCCAAAUCACUUUACCAUAUACUAAACCAGAACCAUUUAUUCCAACAGAAAUAUCUACAAAUAUAAUUGGCAAUGUAACAGAUUAUUCGCAAAAUGUAACAACAUUAACUAAUGAUCAGCAAUCUUCUUCAUCUAUAAUAAACAGAGUGUUACCUGACAUUCAUAGUAUACAACUAGAAAAGGACACAACUACUGGCUCAGAAAACUCCAGUGUCCUUCAAAAUAUUAUUGAUACUGUCAGUAGUACUGAAACAUAUACAGAAUCUGACACAUUAUCUAAUGAUACGUCUAAUACUGAGAACAACUCAGCAUCUUACUUGAGGGACAUUUUUAGCUCAGCUUCGAAAGCACAGAAAGAACCAUCUAUUCCAACAGAAAAUAGUACAAUAAGCGACAGAGUUACAGAUUAUUUGCAAAAUAUAACAACUGAAAGUACAACAUUGAAUAAUGACCAGGAAUCUACUUCAUCUACAAUAAACAGACUGUUACAAAACUUUCAUAAUACACAAGUAGAAAAGGACACAACUAACGGCUCAAAAAACUCCACUGUGCUUCAAAAUGUUAUUGAUAGUGUCAGUACUACUGAACCAUAUACAGACCCUGACACGUUAUUUAAUGCUACAUCUAAUACUGAGAACCACUCACCAUCUUACUCGACGGAGAUGUUUAGCUCAGCUUCAAAAGCACAGAAAGAAUCAUUUAUUGCAACAGAAAAUAGUACAAUAAGCGACAGAGUUACAGAUUAUUUGAAAAAUAUAAUAGCUGAAAGUACAACCUUAAAUAAUGACCAGGAAUCUACAAUGAACAGACCGUUACAAAACUUUUAUAAUACACAACUAGAAAAGGACACAACUACUGGCUCAGAAAACUCCAAUGUGCUUCAAAAUGUUAUUGAUAGUGUCAGUACUACUAACUCUGACACAUUAUACAAUGCUACAUCUAAUACUGAGAACAACACACCAUCUAAAUUGAGAGAGAUUUUUAGCUUAGCUUCUACAGCACAAAAAGAAUCAUUUAUUCCAACAGAAAAUAGUACAAUAAGCGACAGAGUUAUAGAUUAUUCGCAACAUAUUACAAUUGAAAGUACAGCCCUAAAUAAUGGCCACGAAUCUUCUUCAUCAACAAUGAACAGACUGUUAGAAAACUUUCAUAAUACACAACUAGAAAAGGGCACAACUACUGGCUCAGAAAAGUCCAGAAUGCUUCAAAAUGUUAUUGAUAGUGUCAGUACUACUGAAACAAAUACAGAAUCUGACACAUUAUUUAAUGCUACAUCUAAUACUGAGAACAACUCAUCAUCUUACUUGAGGGAGAUUUUUAGCUCAGCUUCGAAAGCACAGAAAGAACCAUUUAUUUCAACAGAAAAUAGUACAAUAAGCGACAGCGUUACAGAUUAUUUGCAAAAUAUACCAGCUGAAAGUACAACCUUAAAUAAUGACCAGGAAUCUACUUCAUCUACAAUGAGCAGACUAUUACAAAACUUUCAUAACACACAACUAGAAAAGGGCACUACUGGCUCAGAAAACUCCAGUGUGCUUCAAAAUGUUAUUGAUAGUGCCAGUACUACUGAAACAAAUACAGACUCUGAAAUACAGAACACAUUAUUUAAUGCUACAUCUAAUACUGAGAACAACUCACCAUCUUUCUUGAGGGAGAUUUUUAGCUCAGCUUCGAAAGCACAAAAACAAACAUUUAUUCCAACAGAAAAUUAUAUUGGCACAUCUGACAACAUAACACAUUAUGUACAAAAUAUAACAAUUGAAAGUACCACCUUAACUAACAGUCAGGAAGCUUCAUCAUCUCUAAUGAGCACAAUAUUAAAAGACACAACUGUUGUACCAAACCACUCCAGUAUGUUUCAAAAUAUUGAUCCUGUCAGAUCUACUGGGAAAACUCCAACAACCAGUGUAUUAGAAACAAUCGUUAACCAGCAGAUGACUACCGAUUUUCCACCAAGAACUAUACCUUCAAUGGUACAAGAAGUAUUUUCUUCGACAAAACCAUAUUUCAUAGAAACGACUGAAACUGAUUCCAGUAGUUUUCAAACCAGUAAUAUACCUGACAAUAGAAUGGAAGUGUUGCAAAAUAUAACAGCAGCUUUCAAAGAGGCUACCACAUCCACAAGUGAUACAGAAGAAACUUUACCAACCACUGUCAAACAUUUACUGACAGAUUUCCAAAAUAAAAUCGUAGAACAGGCAACAACAGUUUCCACAACAAAUUCUACAGACUUUACAACACUCAGAGAUAUGAAUUAUUCCUCAAAUGAAAUGACGCCAACUACAGAACUACUAACAACAGUACCUCAGCAUAAUAUAAUUACACAUUUAUCAUCAAGUGACACUUCUUCAACUGUACCGACUCUAUUUUCUUCCACAGACACAUAUUUGACAACAACACAACAAUUUUCCGAUACACAGUUUAUGGAACGAACUGCAGAAGUGACGAAAAAUAUGUCAUCCGUUUUUGAAGACCUUAAAACAACAGAAAAUGUGUCAACAACAACAGAAAGUGUGUUAGAAGAUCAAUAUUUCACACCUACAAUCAAAAAUAUACUGACUGAUCUUCAAAAUAAGUCUUUACAACACACAACAUCUACAAAAUUGCCACAAUUUGAAUCCCGAUUUGGAGAUUUCGUUGAUGGUGUUGAUGUUACAGAAAUGCCACAAAUUUCUUCAAUAUUAAACAUAACAUCUGAAGCUCCUAUAUUCAACACUACUAUAGAACAUGAUCCGGAUCCAAUAUUUGAUGAAGACCGUUGGCUUGUUUAUGUGGGUAUGGGAUUUGUGGGAGCUGUAAUAGUUCUCUUUUUGUUAAGUGUUUUUACCUAUAUAUACGUUAGAAAAAUGAAGAAGUAUUCAAACUAUCGACUUGCUCCUAGGAGAGAUACUUUUAGCAGUGUACUGAGUAAAUUUGCUUAAUAAUUUUGUGAAUAUUAAACAAAAAAUUGUUCUAUUGUAUAAUAAAUAAUAAUGCAGCAUAAAUUUUGUUCAUUUUUGGGGAUUACUUAUACAGUAUUAUUAAGAUUUGUAAUUUUUAGAUUUAGUUAUUUCUAGUGUUUAGAAAGCUG